AUGAAGAGUACAAGCUUUGAUGAUGUUAAUACACACGCCCUCGACUUUUAUUUGGUGCAAGGGUUUGGAGUGUUUUGGCAACAGAUUUCGCAGGAUGUUAAAGCUGGAAAAUUCGUGUUGGAUGGGGUGCAUGAACUUGACAAACAAGAACUCGAAACGGCUUUGGGUUUUAUAACGGAUGUGAUUAUGAAACAAACGUUAAAUGAGGAUAAGAAGAAAGAUGUUGCCGUCUCCAACGCCGAAAAAUUUCGGAACAAGUCCAGUAUUCAAAUUAUUGAGCGCGUGUUGAAUAGUCAGCACCCACCAAGUGAAAACGAGUUCCCAAAGCUAAACACAGUUGAAUUGAUUGAUUCACUAAAGCAUUCCUGUCUGUAUGCAUUGGCAGAAACCAGCAAACGCACCAGAUCAAAAAUUUUUGAGUUGCUUUCGCGUGUUAUAGAAGAGAACCCAGACUUUCAAAGAAGCGGUGAGGGAAUCUCAAAAGACUUGCUCCUAUAUGCGCUACAUCACCUCAAAGACAUAAAUGAUAGGAUGGGCCAAGGGAUUGAGCGACUUACUGAAGUUGUCUUUCGAGUUUUCCGUAAAUAUAAUGAGCUGGAUGUGCCAUACCAGGCAUUUGUUCAAGCUUUUCGAUCUAAAUUUGUUUCGGUUUUGAACAUGCUAGCAUCGGGGUUGGAGGAAGCAAUUGAACGAACCCAAAAUUUAGUAAAUGAAUUACGCGAAAAAGGAAAUAACUUGAUGGCCUUUCAAAGUUACGCACAAGCCAUCAAAGUCUACACUGAGGCGUUGCUACUUGCCUCACCAUUUGCAUAUGCUGAUGUACCACAGAUCUACACAAACAGGGCCAUCGCAUUCAUUGGUCUCAACUGUGUUCCCGAAGCUAUAGACGACUUGAACACUGCUAUUUUCUUAGACCGUGCAUUUACUCCAGCAUGGACUCAGUUGGGCUAUUGCCACAUGUAUAUGGGAAAUGGAUUGCUCGCUCUAGAAUGCUACGAUACUGCUUUGAAAACGUAUGUGGGAGAAGUGUUGCCCAAUAACUUUCCAAUCAAAGAAUCUGUUAUGGCAGAUGAAUACAGGGACUUGAGGUUGAAAACAGUCUUGCCCCAAUUUGUUCAAAGAUUGAGCUCGGCAAUUGCUUUGACUGAGAAGAGAGCAUACCAACAAAAUGCUCCCGAUGAUAAAAUCAAAGCCGUCAUAAGUGAUGUGAGGAAAUUGCUUGCUCGACUUAGGGCUGUUGGUCCCGAAGAUGAUCGCGAUUGUUUCACCUACACUCCCUUAUUCCGUGACUCGUCUUUGAGAGACCUUUCCCAAAGAUUCAAUGAGAGUCAUCCAAACAUUUUGACCCCGGAAGCCACGCAAAAUAUUCUCGCUAGAAACGGAAUGGAGACGGCGACCAUCACCCAAGUGGAAGCGCCUCCUCACGCAAACUUCAAUCGUAACCCUCGCGCUGGAGAUAACAAUAGGGGUGGAAGUCCCGAUGUUGGGGUUUUUGGUCCCGUCAACUCUGAAGCUUGGCCACUCAGUAGCCUUAGAGAUAUGAUAGGGGACUUUACUGAAGGUGAUGCAUCUGGACCUGGGGGACGACAAGGCUCACGACAACCCCCUCGAGCUGAAGGAGGUCCAGGAGGAGAUACUGGUGGUGCUCCAAACAAUACAACAACUAACAAUAUACGUGGAACUAACGGAAACACAAAUCCAAGGCCCAACGAACAGCCAGGGUUUGCAAACAUUCUACCUGACGCAUUACGCAAUGUUUUAAGUCCGGGUAUACUAAGUAGCUUCGAAAGGUUUACGCAAGGUAAUGGAAACGCAGCAGUUUUUGUCAAUGGAGUUGAAGUGUCCAAUAGGAACAACAGUGGAAGCGACGGUGACAACCAACCAAAUCAUUUCAACACUCAACAGCCGGCAGGUGCUCAAAGACAAAAUGCACUGUCGUCAGACACAAGAAAUGUCAAUAAUACCGAGCCUGGAUCUGGAAGUCAAGAGUCUUCAAGCGACCAGCAGUUUGAAUCAGAAUUACAAGAGGAAGAGUUAGACUAA